GCGGUGUUGCCGCUGUGCUCUGGCUGACAAGAUGAUCACUCCAGGACGAGGGUCAUAGAAGGAUGUCUUACAUCUACUAUGCGGCCAUCACAAGGGCGCUCAGGGCCGGCAAGGUCAAAGAGGCAGCCCCGAUGGAGCAGAGCGGCCAGCCCAACUGUGACAAGGUUCGAGGCAAUGGCGAGUUCUCCCCGAACACCCAGCGCGGCUCGGGUGAGGGCAAUGGCAUUUACCAGCAUUUCUCGUCGGAGCAAGGCGUUAUCUUUGAAAUCGAGAGCCCCUGGGACCGAAACCAGUGGCGUUGGGCUCGGCUGUUCAGUAGGAAGUACGAUGACCUCCUCGGCUGGUAUGACUACGAGGAGAAUGACCAUCGUUUCGGUGUCUGGAAGAACUCGGGAGACGGCGCCGGCAAGUUCACCCGCAUCGGCGACCUCCACGGCAACAUCUACUGUAUUCCCCGCGGCCUGCGCUUUGCAGACGUGGACGGCGACGGUCUCGACGAUAUUGUGUGCGUCUCGCCGACGGGUGAUCUGCAUGUCUCCCGGAACACUGGCGACGGGGACCGUGGCUCUAGCAGGCUGCCCACCUUUAAGUAUCUCGGUAAGAUCAUGACCGGCAAGGCCGAGCAGAGCCGCAUCCGCCUGGCGGACAUUGACGGCGACGGCCGGGUUGACUACGGCGUUGUCCACGAGGACAGCGGUGCCGUGGAGUUCUGGCGCAACUCGGGCACGGGGGAGACGCCAGGCUUCUGGCAGCAUCUUGGCAUACGGUCGACCAUGGUGCCUGGACCGUGGACGUCGACGAGGAACGCAGGCAUCCGCUUUGAGGAUAUCAACGGUGAUGGCCGUGACGACUAUAUGUGGAUGAGUGAUUACUGGGGAGAAACGACAACGUACACCAAUGCACGCAGCUGUCAAAAGGGCCGCGAGGGCAACGGCCUCAACGUGGCGUGGCGCCAGGCCUUUUUCCGAGGCCAGAAUUCGGGCUCGACACACGGCGGCAUCCGACAUGUCUACCCGAACCGGGACCUCGACGACGACAAGGUCCGCGAGCGGAUUCACUUUGCGCGCAUCUACGGGCGGGAGGAGUCCUUUGCGUACAGGGACCAGUCCGUCAAGGACUAUGUCUUUAUGGAACCCACCGAGGGCGACGACAAGAAGUUCAAGUUCAAGGUGCAUGCGUGGAAGAACUUGGGCAGUGGCGGCACCAAGCUCGAGGCCGACGGCAACAAGUACUGCAACAUGCACGGCUGGUCCGAUGGACGCGCGGACUACGUCUGGGUCCGGUCGACGGGCGAGAUGGAUCUCUACCCAAGUCGCGGCCUGACGCAGGUCGGCAGCGGAUCGUUCUGGGAACCGUGGGUGCCCGGCUUCUGGAAGCCCCCUCAGAAUAUUGACCGUCGAGAGCUACACCUUGCGGACUGGAACGGCGACGGCGCCUGCGAUAUCAUCUGGGCCGACCCCAAGAGAAACCACCGCGUGACCGUCUGGAUCAACAACUACCCCAAGACCAAGAGCUGGAACAAUGCCUUUACGCAGCUCCAGAACCCUCCAGACCUCCAAUGCAACGAUCGCAACGGCAUUGGCAUCCACGAUAAUGCCGUGCAGUUUGCCUAUCUCGGCAACGACAACAGGCGCGCCGACUACCUGUGCAUCAGGGAGAACGGCCUCGUCAGGGGCCGUCGCCAGCUCAACGACGGUAGUUUCGGGCCCAUGGUCCAGUUCAAAAAGGCCGAGGGCGUAGACCGUGCCAAUAUUCGCUGGGGCGAUGUCAACGGCGACGGUCGAGACGAUCUCAUCUGGGUGGACAAGUUCAACGGCAACGCACGCGUCUGGUACGGCGCAGGCCCGCACGGCAACCCUUCCGCCAACGGCGGCUCCAGCUGGCAGUGGCGCAAGAUCGACGAGCCCGUAUACGACGGGAGCUACGCGGGUACCUGUCAGUACUUCCCCGACCUCAACGGCAACGGCCGCGCCGACCUGCACUCCAUCAUGGGCACGUGGACGAACAAGGCCGAGACCUGGUUCAACAGAGACUGCGCGCUGCGAGACGCACACGGCGAUGACCCCGGCGGCGACCCCCAACUGCCCGUACAGCCAGGAAAUCCCAUUGAUGGGGAUGGCCCAGGGGAUGGCGACCACCCUGGAUGCGACAGAGAGAGCGACUCGCGCGAUUUCCGCGACUUUGACUGCAACGACCCCCUGGUUGCCAAUCACUCGGAGGACGAGGAUAUUAUCAAGGCAUGGAGCGGGCUCGACGUGCUUGGGGCCUGGCGAUCGUCACUCGACUGGUGGCAUUGCAAGCGAGCGGAAAGCGACGUGUCCGGCUUCUCCAACGUGAUCUCCGAUUUCUUCAACGGUCCUCAAGGAUUCCGAUGCGAAAUAUUCGCGGAAGUCGGCAAUUGCGGCGGAGGAAACGCUCUCCAGUGCGACGAUGUCCGGUGGCCCGCUGGCUACUUUAUUCUCAACUGGUUCAGGAACAUUGCUUCGAUCAACCGGGACUGGGACAAUGCCCUCCAGGAUCUAUCCGACUACACGCAGCCAGACAACGUAGCGACGACCUUUGGCAUGAGACCCGACGAUACAAACCCCCGACUCGCCAUACUCCUCGAUGUCGUGGUCAUGGGCUAUUCCAUGGUCAUGGGCCCCAUAUGGAACAGAGGUAUGUCCACCCAGGGCAGGACUCACAAGACUUGCUGACAUGGCACGUGUAGUGGUCUCACAGUCACGUCGGCCAGGACUAGGAGGUGGAAAUGCCGGCACACU